UUUCGUAGACUAAAGGGAAAGUGGAGGGGAACGUACAUUACAAGCACAUUUCAACUUCUCCUCAGCACGUUCAGAGAUGGGAAUAAUCGAUGAUGUUAAGGACACAUUGUCCAAGGCGGCAUUUUCCCCAUCCACUCUGCUCUCCGGACGAGGUGGGCUGCACAUGGCUCAGAUCAUUUUGUCUCUGCUCACCUUUCUCCUGGCUGCCUUCAGAGGAGGGAGCACCCAUACCUACUGGAACUAUGCUAUGUUCACCUGGGCCUUCUGCCCAAUCAUGACCCUCAUCAUCACCGUCAUUGAAAUGUUUAAGCUCGAUGUCAUUCUCAACAUGUUUUGCAUGGACUGGUCCGACUUCACCACGGGGAUGGCCAUGUCCUCCACACUCAUGACUGUCUCUGUUGCUAUUACCUAUGCCAACUUCUACGCCUGCCUGAAAUGUCUGUAUGGCUUGAUAGUGAGUGCAUGUGCUUUCUUGUGUGCGUUUGUCUACACACUUGAAGUGGUGAAGGACAAAUUCCUGGACAAGAAGAAGGGGACUUACUUGGCCAUUCUGCCUGGAUUCUUGAAAGUUAUGGAGGCCUUUGUGAGCUGCAUUAUUUUUAUAUCACUGACUGGUUACAGAGACAGCCCAGCUCUGAUCAUGUGUGUUAUAGCAUAUGUCAUUCCCUUCCCCAUCCUCCCUGUCAUCAUAGCUACCAACAUCCUCAAGAAACUGAAGAAAUGUUUGCCUUUUAACUUGGACAGGUUUGUGUUUAUAUUCUUGGUGAUCUCUGUUUUGCUGUAUAUCUUUGCUGCUAUCGUGUGGCCCAUAUUUAUGUUCAGAAAGAACCCUCGUCCCAGCGACUGUCCACCCAGCUUCUGUGUCUGGGCCAUUCAGUUCAUGGUGGCGUUCAUGACCUAUGUGAAUCUCAUUCUUUUCACCCUGGACCUCAUUUUUACCUUGCUUGGGAUAUGUGGCUUUCAUCGCACAUGAAUUUAGUGGUGACUUUCAAAUCAAAUCAUCUUUUUAAGACUAUUAAUUAUGCUGUAACAUGCUGUUUUCAAUGCAGAAAAUUGUGUAUUUUUCCAAAUGGACCCACAAUCAGAUUAAACACACAACAGAACAUAAAAGUGACAAAAAAAAAUUAAACUUUUUAGAGCAAUAAGGUUUGUAGUUGCAGUCUUUCCUACAGCAUAUUCUGCAUCAUUCAAGAUUUUGAAUAUUAAACUGUUCAGUAUUGUAUUGUCCAGUUUAUGUAAGCAUUAUUGUACAGUAUAAUGUGUGCUGAAACCUAAAAAUACGUGUAAUUUUCCAUUUUUAUACUCCCUAAUGUGUUGGUCUGUAUUUAGAGUAAAUUUGAAAUUUGAGUUUAUGGCACAGCCAAUUAAUAGUAGUAGUAAAAGUUGUACCAUGAAUGUCUGUUGGAAAAUGAUUUUACACUUGAAUGAACACACCCGAGUGUCCUGGGUUGAAAGGCAGAAUACCAAAUGUAUUCUGCACAGUGCAUUGCAGUAUAUGAGUGUUUAGAUAAGAUGAAAUGUUGUGCACAGCUGACAAGUUAUGAACAGAUAAAUGUAACAACAUAUAGAAAAUGUGCCUUUUUAUUCUUGGGUGAAAUGAUCUCUUUAAAAUAAAGAAAAGAAAAGUUG